AUGCUACCGACACUAUCGGUUUUCUGCAUGUUGAUCUUUGUUCUGCUCUGUUUCCUGGGGAUCCUGGCCAACAGCUUCAUUGUGCUGAUGCUGAGCAGGGAAUGGCUACGGCGCGGUAGGCUGCUCCCCUCGGACAUGAUCCUCUUCAGUUUGGGCACCUCCCGAUUCUUCCAGCAGUGUGUUGGGCUGGUGAACAGUUUCUACUACUUCCUCCACCUGGUUGAGUACUCCAGGAGCCUUGCCCGGCAGCUCAUUAGUCUCCACUGGGACUUCUUGAACUCAGCCACUUUCUGGUUUGGCACCUGGCUCAGUGUCCUGUUCUGUAUCAAGAUUGCCAACUUCUCCCAUCCUGCCUUCCUGUGGUUGAAGUGGAGAUUUCCAGCGUUGGUACCCUGGCUCUUGCUGGGCUCUAUCUUGGUGUCUUUCAUUGUAACACUGCUGUUCUUUUGGGGAAACCACACCAUCUAUCAGGCUUUCUUAAGGAGAAAGUUUUCUGGGAACACAACCUUUAAGGAGUGGAACAGAAGGCUGGAAAUAGACUAUUUCAUGCCUCUGAAACUUGUCACCAUGUCAAUUCCUUGCUCUCUUUUUCUGGUCUCAAUUUUGCUGUUGAUCAAUUCUCUCAGAAGGCAUUCCCAAAGAAUGCAGCACAACGCCCACAGCUUGCAAGACCCCAACGUCCAGGCUCACAGCAGAGCCCUGAAGUCACUCAUCUCAUUCUUGGUUCUUUAUGCGCUGUCCUUUGUGUCCAUGGUCAUUGAUGCUACAGUUGUCAUCUCCUCAGAUAAUGUGUGGUAUUGGCCCUGGCAAAUUAUACUUUACUUGUGUAUGUCUGUACAUCCAUUUAUCCUCAUCACCAAUAAUCUCAGGUUUCGAGGCACCUUCAGGCAGCUACUCCUGUUGGCCAGGGGAUUCUGGGUGGCCUAGAAGACUUGGUCUCUUUAUCUAGACCCUUUGAAGAGACUCGGGUGAGGGUAACUUCCCUUUGAAGUGAACUCAUCUAUGUGGAAAAGUCUUUGUAGGCAGAUAUGGGGUCAUAGUGUGGGGUUCCUCUUUGGGAAAGAGGAGAAGAAAAUACAGGGAUUCUGAGUGUUCUUCCUUACCUUGGGAUAUUAUGAAAAAUGGAGAUUCCGAAUCCUAGACCAGUAUUGAUCUGAAGUGCAAAGUAAUAUGUCCUGUUCCUUUCAUGUCUUUUAUCCUUUUGUUAUUGAUUAAUUCUUUAGGGAACAGUCUUGAUCAACUGGAUCAUCUCAUCUUGACUGGAAACUGGGGGAGGUAAAAGAAGUUUGUGUCACUGCUGCAUUGGGGUGUACUUGGGUGGGAAACAAACGUCCUUGAGACAGAGUAGCCCUCAGUAGAGAAUCUCAAAGAACAGGUGGCUGUGGAUGCAGGGGGUGGGGCAAGGAGUCCUGAUCACUCUUCACUGUAUGGAGAUUAUUUGUCUCGUGCCAAAUUUGGAAACCUUGGCUUUAGUUUUGAGGAGAUUACUGGGAAAAUUCUUGAUGCUACUCUGUAUCGUUUCUCAAUAAUAUUUUCCUUUUCCUGCCUUUAAUUAUCUCCUUUUUGCAGCUUCACUUGCUCGUUAUUCCUAAAUAAAUAAAUAAAUAAAGACCAAUCCUCAUUU